GUGCGCCUGCGCCGUGACCUGGACGUGGGGCUGGCUAAAUUGUAAACCAUGGCGUGGGUACCUGCGGAAUCUGCAGUGGAAGAGUUGAUGCCCCGUCUGUUGCCAGUGGAGCCCUGCGACUUGACAGAAGGUUUCGAUCCUUCCAUACCCCCGAGGACGCCUCAGGAAUACUUGAGGAGGGUCCAGAUUGAAGCCGCUCAAUGUCCAGAUGUUGUGGUAGCUCAAAUUGACCCAAAGAAGUUGAAGAGGAAGCAAAGUGUGAAUAUUUCUCUUUCAGGAUGUCAGCCUGCUCCUGAAGGGUAUUCCCCUACACUUCAGUGGCAGCAACAGCAAGUGGCACAAUUUUCAGCUGUUCGACAGAAUGUGAACAGACAUAGAAGCCACUGGAAAUCACAACAGCUGGAUAGUAAUGUGACCAUGCCAAAAUCUGAAGAUGAAGAAGGCUGGAAAAAAUUUUGUCUGGGUGAAAGGUUAUGUUCUGAAGGGGCUGUUGGACCAGCUAAAAACGAAAGUCCUGGAAUAGAUUAUAUACAAAUUGGUUUCCCCCCCUUGCUUAGUAUUGUUAGCAGAAUGAAUCAGGCAACAAUAGCCAGUGUCUUAGAAUAUCUGAGUAAUUGGUUUGGAGAAAGAGACUUUACUCCAGAAUUGGGAAGAUGGCUUUAUGCUUUAUUGGCUUGUCUUGAAAAACCUUUGUUACCUGAGGCUCAUUCACUGAUUCGGCAGCUUGCAAGAAGAUGCUCUGAAGUGAGACUCUUAGUGAACAGCAGAGAUGAUGAGAGGGUUCCUGCUUUGAAUUUAUUAAUCUGCUUGGUUAGCAGGUAUUUUGACCAACGUGAUUUAGCCGAUGAGCCAUCCUGAUGUAGCUGUUCUCUCAGGGAUAGAAGAUACUUGUGAUGAAGGCGGCCUGUAUGAGGAACUGCAAUUCCAGUUCAAGUACAAACUGCAUCAUAGCUUCAGCAUUAUGUAAGGGGUCUUCAUCUUAACUGUGCAACUUAAGCUGAUAUGCAGAAGAUAGAGUAUAUGGAUUUGAAUAUCUGAAGUAUCUUUGGAUAAUCCCACCUAAUUUCAGAUGAACAGUUUUGAAGUUUUUUAUAACCACAUACAAAAGUGUAUGAAGAAAUUUUACGAAUGCCCUUGGUGCUGCUUUAUUUACAUAUAUACACAUAAAAUUUUAUUGAAAAUGUUUUGGUUACUAAAAUUUUGUUUGACUUUUGAACAAAAGACAAGAGAGAAAGGUUCUUAGAAUUAAAAUCGAGAUUAAAUGGCAAAUGUGUUCGUAGCAACAAAAUCAAACAUUUUCCCUUUACGGUCAAUACUUUUAUUUAAGUGGUUUAUUGCACAAAACUUUUUUAACAUUUUUAAUAAUACCCUAACGGGUUGACUGCUUUAAUUUUUCUGUCAAAUCUGUUCAUAUAUAAUUUGUAUCUCAGGUAGAACAUUUUCCACCUUAAGUAACAGAAGAUCCUAGUAGCAAUGGUUCUUCAAAUAGUUUUACUUUUCUCACAUAAUGAGAAGUAUAGAGGGGUGCCUACUGGCAUUGGCCCAACGAAUCCAUGAUACCAUGGUCUCUGAGUCUUUUGGUCUUUCCCUCAUGGCAACAAGAUGGCCCCUGCAAGUCAAGGGUAUGUGUCUAUUUUCAAAACAGGUUUCUUUCUCAUACAAGCAGAACCUUCUCCAGAUAUCCACAGCAGACUUGUGUCCAUCUGUUGGCCACAACUGUGUAGGAUGAUCACCUCUAGUUCCAAGAAAGGUGGAGAAGUGAAACUGUAAGCCUUUCCAGACUUUCUAAUAGAGGUAGAAAAGGAAAAGGGAAUUACGAAUAAUUGUGAAUCAGGGAACCAAUACUUGUGCCACUAGUUACAAAUAUAGUAGAUAUAAUUUACAUUUGAAUCUUUCCUGUUAUGUCUUGAGAAGGCUGAUUUUUAAAUGUCAACUUAAUAGUCCAAGUUGUUGUUGUUUUACCAUAAUUUAAGCAUUCUCUCAUUGUUGGAUAUCUAAUGUUUUCAGUGUUAAUCCAGCAUACAAAAUGCUACCAUGAGUGUCUUCAUUGUACAUAACUUUUUGCUUUGUUAAUGUUCCGAAGAGUAGGGUUGCAACUCGUACGAGUCUUAUCAGUUAAUAUUGCAUUUGAAAACUGAGGUUUUAAAAAUAAGGAAUU